AUGGUUCGCAGAGUCUUCUUCAUGCUCGGCUGGUUUUUGAUGGGCAUUUCUACUUCUUUCAUUGCCCGUAGCUUCUUUGGAGAUCUUGGCAAUGGCGCUGCUCAGAAGGUUGUCAUGGAUGAAGAGAUUCCGAACGCAAAUGAGGAAGUUCUGCAGCAGAUGAAGACAUCCAGAUGGGAGCCGGACAUCGACAGCCUACCCAAGGAUCCUGUCUGCCAAAGACAGGCAUUCUUUGAAUUGGCAUGGAUAGAUUUCAUCAGGGCAAAUCGCCAAAAGAAAGGCCUGAGCGAGUGGCGGGGAAUCGACGAGGCGCAUAUGCUGUCAAAGCUGCCACGAGAUGACAGAAUCGUUGCGGGCAACUACAUGUUUAUCAUGGAGGCAGAAGAUUAUACGCUCGACGCCUUACAAACACGUUUAGAAUGCGGUGAGCUGCACGAUGGCAUGGUCGAGCCCCCUUCUUCUGUUGGACCAAAAGACUCCCCAUUUUGUAAGGUUCGAUUGAGCACCGUGUACACCGGGGCGCCGCUGGAGACUGAUUCAGGGAAUCGGUAUAGAGCAUGCACAAUAAAUUGGUAUCCCUCCGAAGAAGUCUGCGAAGUCUUGAAACCUUUAACCACGGUACUCGUGGUGAAAGGUGGAGAUUUAGAACCUGCGAGGGCAGCCGUCGAUAUCCUAGCUAGCAAUGGCCUGGCAUUGAAUAGCCUGUAUACGUCUCACAUGAAACUACAUGAUAACAUUUUCAAUGUCUGGGAGAAGUCAGUCAGAACGGUCAACAGCACUGAUAUGAAAGUAUAUGGAAUCAAUGGCAGGAAUCCAGAACCUCAUGUGCUUUUGGGCGGUAAUAAGGUUCCCCUAAAGCAAUGGCCACUUGGUUGGGGUAAUGGGGGGUUAGGUGAUUCGCGUGGAGGAUCUAGUGAUCUUGAUUCCACCUGGACCGUGUUCAAUCCAACUCUCUUUUCGUUCACAUCGGAUUCACCACUUUCAAAUUCGGUGGCAAAAGAAAAUUGGGUUGUACCAGUCGCGGCGAAAGAUGAAAUAUUUAAGAAUCUCUUUUUCCUUGGACCCCCAAGACAGUCAGAGGGUCAGAGCCAUAUCAACAAAGGCUGGAAAUUUGGGGAAAUGGUUAAGGACUAUCUUGAUAGCAAGCGCGAUGAUUUGAGCUUUAGGUUGCUGUUCGAGACUCGCAACAGGGGCCACCCAGACCCUGAUGUAUUUGGUCGACAGAUCUUGGGAGAAGGACUUGCUAUUGUGAGUUCGAUGUCUCGGAUGAAUUAUACGCAAAUGCUGCCUUCUUUCGCUGACGAAGACCGGUCUGGUUGA